UCAUGCUACAUGCACACGUCGACCGUGACCCUCAGGAGCUUGUGACACCCAUCAAGUUUGCUCGUUUGUGGACAGAGAUCCCCACUUCUAUCAGCAUCAAAGAUUAUGACUCUCACUUGGACUAUUCACGAGACAAUAAAAAGAACAAGUUUGCCAAUACGAUGGCUUUUAUGGAGGAGUACCUCAACAACGUUCUCAUCGAUGACCUACCUUUUGCCAAUGAGGAUAAAAACAAGCUUACAUAUGAGGUGGUGAGCUUGGCGAGACAUCUCAUCUACUUUGGGUUCUACAGUUUUUUUGAGCUUCUGAGAUUGACUCGCACCCUCCUGGGAAUCAUAGACUGCACUCCGAGUAAUGCUAACAUCAACCCAAUGUUUAGCGAUGAUGGCAGUGGUAAGAACGUUAGACGAUCCAUUCAUGGCAUGGGGCAGAUGAUGUCCACUAUGGUGCUAAACCGCAAGCCAUCCGUGUUCUCCGGCCCUGGUCGCCCUGGUGCUCAUCACACCAUUGUUAAGCAGCUGCUGCAAUCUACUAUGCGUCUGUUAGAUUGUCCCUGGCUACAGCCACAACAAAAAGUCCAAGUAGAAUCCUGCAUCCGAACUCUGGCGGUGACAACAAAGAGUCGCUCCAUCCCUCUGCCGGUAGAGUUGGAGGCUCAUGUCAAUAUGAUGUUGAGUCUCAGUAAUGCCCUCACACUGUCUCGCUCCAGCCUCAGCAACAAAAGCCUGUCACGCCUCACACGGCCUGCUGCUCCCACCAACUCCUGGGACUACAAGAACAUCAUUGAGAAACUACAGGAUAUCAUUAACACACUGGAGGAGCGUGUGAUGCCGUUGGUUAAUGCAGAGCUGUCAGUGCUGGUGGAUGUGCUGCACCAGCCCGAGCUGUUGUUCUUAGAAGGCACGGAUGCUCGAUCACGCUGUGAAUCAGGAGGCUUCAUAUCUAAAUUGAUUCAGCACACAAAGGCUCUUAUGAAUUCAGAUGAGAAGCUCUGUAUCAAAGUGCUCAGAACUCUACAGGAAAUGCUCAUUCGUGAACUGGACUUUGAUGAGAAGGGCCUUCCUUUGGCCAACCUGAGCAGCCACCUCAACCUGAGCAGCAGGAAGUAG